ACGAAUAAACUAACGCACACGCUAUAACAGCAGCGGCCAUUAUAAAUAGAAAGAAGUAUUGCCACAAUCAUAACGUAUAAACUCGAUCGAUUUAAGAUCUUUCAAUGAUGAUAGCUUUAUUGUUGUUUACUAAAUUCAUUAUAAAUACCUAAUUUAUCCCUCCUUUUUUUAUUUUUGCCGUCGUUCUGAGACACUAGCUAUGUGCAAGGGAAUGGAUGAUGCAGAGUUUGAUAAUAUGUGGUCGGAUGACCAAAAAAUGAAUGUUAUGUUUUCGGUUUUUCGCGAUAAAUCAGUGAAUCCUCUUUCGUGGGAACAAAAAAUGAAUUUUUGGCAGGAAACCAUCGAACGUUACUGUGCAAAAAAUGAUUUGGUUAUUGUACUUCCGAGUACCCUGCCCAUAUAUUUUACCAGAAAAGGUCGGACCCCACAAUGUCUCGAUGUUGUCAUUGCAGAGAUGAAGCGGAUUGGUAAACUGAAAACUUUGUCUGUUUUGGAAACAGAAAGUGUCUCAAUGGGUUGGCUGUAUUGGGGUUAUGCUAAAUUCAUCAGAAGUCCAUUAUCAUGGGCUGUGAAUUUAGCAUCAAGCAUGAUUUCCAAGAAUAAUAAAUGUCUUGAAGAAAGUGUGAUGACAGAGGUCUUGAAGAGGAAAGCAGAGCAGCUGUUAAGCAUUCACUUAGAACGCGUGCGAACUCACCAGGAGAGUGACAUUAUAGAUUACAAUAGUCUGGUGGAACAACAUGCUGAGCUGUUCAAGGACAAGAGAGAAGUGCCAUUGCUAGUGUCCUAUUUAGUUAAACAGCAGAAGGCUCUCUUAAUACCUCAGGGAAACAACAAAAAUCCUUUAAUCAAGUUUACUGACAACCAGAAUGUUAAUGUUUCUCCAGUCAAAUGCACAGAUCUUAAGAUAUAUCAGAUACAGUGUGUUGAGAUUCGAUUGGGAAAACAAGUGAACACUUUGACUGAAGAUAUUAAACGACUUUCUAAAGAAGCUCGAGAACAUGUGAAAAGCAAAUCACGCCAAUUGGCUCUUUACACACUGAAGAGAAAAAAGAACUGUGAAAUGAUCCUGGAAAAGAAAUUAGCUACUUUGGAUAUUCUUCAUAAUUUGAUUGACAAAAUUAAAACUGUCACCACUGACCAACAGGUUCUUGAAGCUUAUGCAUGUGGUGUUUCUGCAAUGAAGGUGCUAACCAAAGACAUCAAUCUUGAGAAGGCAGAAAAUGUAAUCGACCAGCUACAUGAUACUCUUGGAGAACAGGAAGAAGUUAGCCACUUGUUGGCCAAUGCUUGGCCAGAUUCCAAUGAAGAUUCUGAAGCAUUAGAGGAUGAGUUGCAGAAAUUGAUCAAAGAAGAGGAAAGUGCUGCAGAAGAUGAGGCUCUUGCCAAAUCACUUUCCAAUUUGAGGAUUCAAGAUAAAUCUUUCUCCAAAGUAUCCAUAUCAGAUCCUAUCACAGAAGAGGCAGCUCCUUUGUUGGAGGAAGACGACGAUGAAAUACCAGUUUCUUCUACAAAAUCAAAAUCAAAAUCUAAAUCUAAAUCUGCUGCAGCUCUCCCGGCCUUUUAAAUAUUAUUAUUGUUGUUGUUAUUAUUAUUGAUGAUGAUGAUGAUGAUGAUGAUGAUGAUGAUGAUGAUGAUGAUGACGGUGUUUGUCCAUU